UUCAGUCUAAAAUAAAUCGUGUGUGGGGACCCUUACAUCGUCACUUCAACCACUUCCGUGCUAAAUUUUAGAUAUUUUUUUUAAGAACCGUGAUUUUUUUUAUCAAACUUGUGUUGAUAACGAACUCCUAUAAAUGAAUGAAAUAACUUUAAUAUUAGUGGCAUAAAAGCAAUAAAAAAAGGGACAAUAGUGGAACGGGAGACACAACAACAGAAUAACAGAUUUUGUAGAUAUUUUGGGCUUUAGGAGUGACGAUAUUAUAAUUCUAUUAAUUAAUUAUUAAAAAUAUAUUUCUAAAUACAUUUGUGUUUGUGAAAAUUGUGAGGAUAGAGAAAUUGUUGUGUAGUUUGUAAUAUUUAUAUAGACAUUGAUUGACAUAACCUCAAUUCCGAAGCGUCAUGUUCAACCAAAACAAUGYAGAGAAAAAACUGGAUUGGAUGUACAAAGGCCCCAAUAGUAUGGUGGAGCGCGAGGAGUACUUAUUGGGGCGCAAAGUUGACAAGACAUUGGAGCAGUUGAAUGAAGAAGAAAAACUGAAGCAGCAAAAUAUAAUCAUACCGCCGAAAAAUCGCGUGGAACAUGAAUGUAUUCCACCAUCAAUUAGAGACUUUAAUAAAGUUGUACAAGCAGAACAGGUAGAUUUGUCUACAAAACUGCAAGAAGAUCCUUUAGUAGCGAUAAAAAAACGCGAAGAAGAGACGAGACGCCAAUUUUUACAAAAUCCCGUUCAACUGAAAAAAUUACAAAAAGCUCUGAAGGCUCAACAGGCCCAAAAGAAGAAGAAAAAGAAGAAGUCAAAACAAUCUAGCGACUCAAAUAGUGAUUUAGAUAUUAAAUUGACGGAAAAAUUGUUAGGGAAAAAGAAAAAAAUUAGCAAAGAAGAACGCAACUUGGAUACAAUUUUGAUUCACAAGUUUGAAGCAUUGAAGGAUAAAUUGACUGAAAGCGACUUACAAGAUAUUUUGAACGGAAUAAUAACAAGUAGCGAAGAUAGUAGUGAAGAUGAAGAAAAGUCAAGAAAGAAAUAUUCCAAGAAACGACAAGAUAGUGAAAAAAGCGAAGAUGGAAGAAAGCAUAAAAAGAAGGAUAAAAGAAGGGAAACUUUUAGAAGAGAAAGAGACUCUUCUGAUGAUGAUUCGCAAAGGAGAAAAAAGCCUGACCGAAGCCAUCAAAAAAGUAAAACUAUAAAAGAGUACAAAAAAGAUUCCCAUUCACAUCGAAGCAGAAAUAGAAGUCCCAAUAACAAAAAAUCUAAUGAUAAAAGGAGAAGCAGUAGCAGUAAUUCUGAAAGGGAAGAAGAAAUAAGAAACAGUCAUUCAAAGAAAUAUGACAGUGAUUCAGAUUCUUCAAGGCACAAAAAGCGUAAUUACGGUCUUGUAAGUUCAGAUGGGAAAAAAAUUCCACUAUCAAGAAAACACAAUGAUGUAAAAGAGAUAACUAAGCCAAAAGUACCUGAACCACCUCCACCAGUCCAGAGACACAGAGCCAAGAAACUAACAGAAGAAGAAAAAGAAAAGUUAAGACAAGAAAUGAUGCAAAAUGCUGUUUUAAGAGACAAAGAACGGGAACGCAACGUGAGAAAAUACCGCGAAAAAGAAGAAAAAGAAAAGAAGGAACAAAAUUUUGACCCUGAGUUUAUCCACAAACAACUAAUAAAAUCUGCCGAUAGUGGUAGCGUUGAAAGUAGAAUUAAGUCGAACUUAAACAACAUCCAGAGGUCAAGUAAAUCUAUGGACCAUAAUUUUUCCAGGAGGUAGUGAAAUUUUGUAAGAAUAAAACUUUUUAUUGGAAGUGAAAUAUAUUUAUAGGAAUUUAA